AUGCAUAAAGUAUACGAAUUUAUGUCAACGGUUAAUCAAUUUUAUCGAGAGAUAAAUCCAUCGACGUUGUCGGGAGCCAUUGAUGUGAUUGUAGUAGAACAACCAGAUGGGAAGUUAGCUUGUUCGCCGUUUCAUGUUAGGUUUGGAAAGUUGUGCGUAUUAAGGCCGCAAGAGAAGAGGGUAG